AUGGCUUCUGCGGAUUCGAGCGCCAAGCAGUCGGUUCUUAUAACCGGCUGCUCAGAUGGUGGAAUAGGCGCUGCUCUCGCAGUCGCCUUCCACAACGCUGGCCUAAACGUCUACGCAACCACUCGAGACCCUGCCAAAAUGAAGCGCUUGGUAUCUCUCGGAAUCAAGACCCUCACUCUGGACGUUCAAUCAGAAACCUCUAUCGCCGAAUGCGUCAAACAAGUUCCCGCCCUCGACAUCCUCGUCAAUAACGCUGGCACCCAAUACAUCAUGCCGGUUGUCGACAUUGAUAUCGCUGCAGCAAAGAAGAUCUACGACCUCAAUGUAUGGUCUCAUAUUGCCGUGACACAGGCUUUUCUGCCGUUGCUACUUAAAUCAUCCAAUGGCAUGGUGGUGAAUCAAACAUCCCUUGGCGCUGUUGCCACAGUACCCUUCCAGGCUGUCUACAACUCGUCAAAAGCUGCUUUGGCCAUGCUGUCCGACACAUUGCGCCUAGAACUUAAGCCAUUUGGCAUCAAAGUUGUGGACCUCAGAACGGGCAUCGUCAAGAGCAACUUGGUCCAGAAUGCGCUACUGAGGAAGCCACCUAUCCUACCAAAGGAUUCUAUCUAUGAGCCCGCCAGGGAUAUUCUGGAAGCAGCCAUGCGCCAAGAAGGGUACGAAGGACAGGGUCUGGAGUCACAGGAUUGGGCAGAUGCUGUUGUGCGCGAUUUGCUGAAGAAGAACCCGCCGCCUGUCAUCUGGCGCGGUGAGAUGACUUGGCCAGUUUGGUUUGGCAGUUUCUUGCCCUUUGGAUGGUUGGACGGGAUUGCAAAAAGGCUGGCUGGGCUUGACAAGGCAGAGGAGGUGCUGAGCCGCGCAAACAAGUAA